UGCCCGGGUGUCUCCACAAAUUCCGAUGACCCGGCACCAAAUGGCACCGGCAGUUGCCCCUCUUGGCCCGGUCGCCAACCCGUUCCAUCUGAAGCAUCAACUCGCUUCGCCAGAGAAAUCCCAUCAAAGUGCCGAACCUUGCAGAUGAUACCCCCCAUUUCCUCAAAACUCAACGGGUCGCCGCGGACGUGUGAACGAGCGCAUCAAGGGGACCCAGCGGGGUGUGCAAGCGCCAGGACCUCCAUGGGCACAGUGCCGACUCAUGUUACCGUCCUCCCUUUCUCACUCAAAUCCCUCUGA